AUGGGAUUAUCGCUGACAAUUUCCAACGCUCAAAUCCCAAUAGAUCAAGACCCAAAUUCGCAACAAAAUAUGUCCACACAAUCUGGUAUAACGGUGUCGGAAGAGCUUUCCAAUGAGGUCAAAAAUGAUACUAAUACAAUAGUAAUCAAGAUCUCACCAGAUUCAACUCAAUUGAUACCAGAUUCAUCCUUUUCGCAACCCAGUUCAACCUCCCUUUCGUCUAUAUUUGAGCAAGUUCAUUCAUACAUGUCUAAACAAUUCCCACAACCGGCAUACAUUAUUAUUCCCUACAAAUCUACCAAGGUUUUCAUAUCUUUUAUUCCCGAUUCGGCUCCAAUAAAGCAAAAAAUGUUGUAUGCGUCAACCAAAAACGCUUUGUUAUCGAGCUUGGGUUCGUCGAGUUUUGCUUAUAAAUUAGCUUGGACAGAAUUGGAUGAAUUAGAUGCAGAGCAUUUAGAAAAAGUGAUCAGUGAAGAUGGGAAAAGUGGUCCUUUAACUGAAGAUGAAAAGAUCUUGCAGAGUUUAAAUAACAAGACUCAUAUGCAAGGACACGAAUAUGGGUUUAAAAAGGAGCUAGCUAGUAUGUCUUCUCCAUCACCAACUGCUUCUGAUAUAUUGUAUAAAUUCGAUGAUGAGUUGGAAACCGAAUUCAAAAACUUGACUCGGAAUGCAAAUGAUCAACGGUUAUUGGUAUUCAAUAUUGAUCUAAAUGACGAGUCAAUAAAAUUGACAAAAAAAGAUAUUGACGUUGAAGUGACCAGUUUGAUUAAUAAACUACAAAGUAACUCACCUUCUGGUCCCACUUAUUCCAUCUACAAUUACGCUCCAAAUAGGUACACAUUUAUUUACAGUUGCCCCUCAGGUUCUUCAGUCAAGGAUAGGAUGAUUUAUGCCGCUUCGAAAAACGCUUUGAUAAACCAUUUAAAGACAUACCUUAAUGACGAUAUCGUGUUGGAUAAGAAUUUGGAGGUUGGUGAUUUGGACGAGUUGGAGUUGAGUGAGUUGGAUGUUACUGAAGACGAUACCCCAGGGUCAGGAUCUGUUACCCCCGCAUCAACCUCAUCGUCGGCUUCAGCUAACAAACCAUCUGGUGGACUAAAAUUCAGCAAACCAAAAGGACCACGUAGAAGAUAA